AUGGCAGAGUUUGAUGAUGUGAUGCAACCGCCACAUUUUCGGCCUCAAUUAGAAUAUAAUCCAGUGACAGUUAUUGAUCGGUAUACGGUUUUACUUAAAGAUGGAGAGACUACGGCUACGAUUUAUCCGAUGCAUACGCCCAAUGAGUUGCCACCAGGGUUGUUGGCGUUUCUUUGUGAUGAAUUCAACAUGGAGAUCGAACGGGGGGAUACAUUUCCGUUCUUUGACACGCUCCACAUCGAGUCGUUUCAGAAUUACUGGUUUGGGUCUUUUGCAGCUGUGAUGGUGCUAGGAGAUUCUCCGACACUCGAAGGGUCGAGACAAUGGGAAAAGGAGUGUUUGGGGACGUUUUACGUCAAGCCUAAUUAUCCGGGACGGUGUUCGCAUAUAUGUACGGCGGGAUUUUUGGUUAAUGCUGGGAUCAGAGGCAAGGGAAUAGGUCGAACGUUGGCCGAUUGUUACUUGCAGUGGGCACCUCGGUUGGGGUAUACGUACUCUAUUUUCAACCUUGUGUUUGAGUCGAAUGCGGCUGCAAGAAAGAUCUGGGAAUCGUUGAAUUUCAAAAGAAUCGGAAGAGUGAAAUCAGCCGGUAUUUUAAAGGGCCAUGAUACGGCAGUAGAUGCUAUUGUUUACGGUAGAGAGUUGAUCAAUAACUCGGACCCUGAAAUAGGUGCAUAUAGGUUUGAUAAGAUCAAAUUCUAUUUGGAAACAGGUAGAUAUCCAGCAAUGGCCGACAGACAAGAGAAAUCUAGAUUGAGGUCAUCCGCAUCCCACUAUCGAUUAGAAAACGGUAAGUUAAUGUUGAAAGGAAGACAGGUCAUAGCUGAUCCUGUUAGACAAUUGCAAAUUUGCACUGAGGUACAUAUGACCAAUCACGGAGGUAUUAAUAAGACAACAGCUGUUGUUACCGAAAAGUACCAUUGGACGAGAAUAAAAGAUACUGUGGCUACAGCAAUAAAAAAUUGCCCAGAGUGUAGAGAUCCUGCAAAGGACCCACCUCUACUCAAACGGAGUACGAUUCCGAAGAAGAUGGCAACUGGUAACUCUAUCAUUCGCAGGAACAAUAAGGUAUUGCAUUCACAACCAAACAAUCCAAAUGCUCGUAAUAUUUUGAAAUCAAGAAAUAGUGCUGACGAUGUUGAUGCUAUGGUUGCUGCUGCUCAACUACACAACUUACCAGGUCACCAUCGUCAUGACGCUACUGAGAGCUUGUUGACACACGAUUUAUCAGGUUUGGAUGAUGGAAUUAUUGCAGCCGUUGAGGCAGCGCAGAGAUCUCAACAACAAGGACAUUCAAAUCAUCAGCACCACCCAACUUAUGCAGCUGCUGCAGCUGCGGCCGUUGCCGGCGAUUCAAAUCACUAUCAACACUACCAAAAUGAAUAUACUAACCAUCAUGAAUAUCACCAGGACUCUAAUGAUAAUCAAGGUUACAGUAAUAGCGGGAACUCUAAAGAAAGAAACAGGAAUAAUAACAAUAUACCUGUUGAUCCUGAAGUGAGCGCGUUUGAUCACCAUGUUGAUUCUGCGGGUGAAGAAAUUGAAAUUGCGAGAGCCUUAAUUCAGGCUAAUGAAGAUGUUCAAGAAGAUGGGCCACAUCAAGAAGUAGAUGAGUUACAGAAUCAAAAUUCGAAUAAUGACAAUAACGAGAAGAAUGGUGAUCUGAAGAGAACUGAUGAUGAAACCAACAUGUUUUCUAAAGACAAUAAUUGA